AACAGUCCAUAAAAACAAUAAAAAUUAUAUUGUCUUCGAUUGAAAAGAUUUACAAAUCUUUCAAAGAAUCAAAUAUUGAAAAAUCAAAGGAAGACUUAUUGGAAAAUUUGUUCACUUCUUGCGAAUUAAAGAAUACACUGAAAGAUCUGAAAAUUAAACUCACUUUUAAGGCGUUUUCAAAAUUAAUAAAUUUAAUUAAUACUGUUUGCGAACCAAACGAAAACUCAGCCAAAGUUAUGUCAAUUCUUGAAUUCAGAGCUCAAAUUCUGAAAAAUAUUUAUCCAUUUUUGGAGAUUUAUGUCAAUUCAUUGCAGUAUUUUAUAACCCUUUCGGUGUCUUCUCUGCGGACUUAUAAUAAGUUGCUUUCAGUUCUUUUGUCGCUCUUUUCUGAUUUGAUUCAAAACGGGUUUUGUUUACCACAAGAACCGAGCGAUGAAACCAAUAAUAAAGAGAUGGGAACGGAAUUAAAAGAUAUUGAAGACGGAGGUCUUGGAGAGGGAGAGGGAACUAAAGAUGUGAGCGAUAAGAUUGAGAGCGAAGACCAACUCGAAGACGCUCUUAAAGAAGGCGCCAAAGAAGAGGGAAAGGGAGACGAGAAUGAAGAAAAAGAUAUAGACGAAGAAGACAAUGGAAUUGAAAUGGAAAAUGAUUUUGAAGGACAAGCGUAUAGUCCUUCCAAAGGAGAUAAUGAAGACGACGAAGAAUCAGAUGGCGAUGACAGCGAUAAUAAUCUUGAGGACCAAAUGGGAGACGUCGACAAUAAUUCGGAUGUUUUGGACGAAAAGAUUUGGGGCUCCGAUGAAGAGAAUUCAGAUUCUGAUGAAACAGAUGGUGAGGACGAGACUGGAUUUGGAGGAAAGGAUACGUUAGAUAACAAAACUGUGGCCAACGAUGAGAAUAAAGAUCUUAAUAAAGACAAAAAUUCUGACGAGAAAUCAGAUGAAGAGAAUAAUGAGAAUGAAUUGGAAAUGAAUGAUAAAGAGAAUGAAUUACAGGGCGAUGACUAUGAAGACGAACGCAUCGAUCCCUACAAAGAUUUGGAGCCAAGGAUUGAUAAAUCAAAGGAAGAAUUACCCGAAAAUAUGGAAUUGGAUGACAACGAAGACAAUGAAGAAGACAACGAUGAAUCCGGAGAACAGAAAGACGACAAAUCAGUCUCGGGUUUGAGUGAUUCAGAAACUGAAGAACAGAAUUUGGAUGAAAUGAAUGCCAGUGAAGAAGAAUUUGAAGAAAACACUGAAAACAAUGAAAAUGAGGACAAAUCUAAAGAUUUAGAGAAUAAAGUGGAAGAAAUUGAAGACAUAGACGAAGGAAAGGAAGAGAAUAUUUCCGAAGAAAAGGAAUCAAAGCCUAAUCCCAGUCAAGGAAUGGAUUCGACUAAAGAUCAGAUUUUUAAUACACCCGACGAAAAGACAGUCGAAAAUGAAAACAAUUCUUCCAACGCUUGCGUCGAAGAAAAUACAGAACAAAAAUCGGAUCAAAAUGCGGGACAGAAUGAAGAACAGCACGGAUUUAGCAAUUCAUUGGUCGGCGAUAACACCACUCAAUCCGAGUCACAACAAUUGCAAAGUUCUGCCGCUUUGGAUGAGAAAGAACUUAAAGAAGAAAAGUUAAAUCAAAAUAUGAGAAAAGACAAUACGCGCCGCACUUUGGCUGACGAUUACGAUAAGAGCGCUAAACGACAGAAAAUAAUGGCAAAUGAAAACGAGAGCACUUCUAAUGCCGAUCCUAACAAUGAAAACGAUUCCAAGAAUCAAAUGAUUGAAUCACAACUCUAUCGACACGUCGACAAUAUAUUGGAUGCAAAUAACAAAGCCAUAGACAUCGCCAGUAAUGACGAGAAAAUGAUUCAAAAAGAUAAUGACAACGAAUCUGAUAAUAAGGAUAACAUUGAUUUGAAUAAACCCGAAGAGAUGGACAUCGAAGAGAAGAGUGAAUUAAUCGAUACCUUAAAACCUAUUGACGUUAAGUCAGAGAAAACACAAACGAAAUCGAGUAAUAAAAACGACGGAAAUAAAGAAGACAUGACUGAAGAGGCGAUGGAAACGGAAGGAGAAAUUAUUUCUACUCUUACUGUCCAAAGAGGAAAUGAGUCCACAUUUCACACGCAUAUAAACUCUGAUGAUAUCCACGAAUCGGACGACACUUUAAUUGGGAAACGUUUCGACGAUCUCUCGUUUAAAACGAUUAAUAAUUUGGACAUUAAUUCAGUGAUCGAUGUGUGGAAGGAAUGCGAGGCCAAAGUGUUUCCACUGGUGUACGAGUUGUGCGAACGCUUACAACUGGUGUUAGAGCCGACAAAAAUGGCUAAAUUGAGAGGCGAUUACAGGACUGGAAAGCGUCUGAAUAUGCGGAAAGUGAUCGCAUAUAUUGCCAGUGAUUUCAGAAAAGACAAGAUUUGGUUGCGAAGGACUAAAGCCAGUAAAAGACAGUAUCAGAUCGUAAUAGCGGUCGACGACUCUUCGAGUAUGUCUGACAACAAAUCCAAACAAUUGGCGUUCGAAUCGUUGGCUCUUUUGGGCAAAUCGUUGACUCUUCUGGAAGCGGGAGAACUGGCAAUCAUGAGCUUCGGACAGACCGUUCGCUUAUUGCAUCACUUCAAUGAGGCCUUCAAUGAGAAUACAGGCGCUAAUCUUCUCACACAAUUAACUUUUGAGCAAAAAGAGACCCGAAUCGCAGAUCUAUUACAAUCUGUGGAACAAUUGAUGUCAACUUCGAGACGACCGACUGGUUCUCAAAAGGAAGACAUCUCUCAACUGCUUAUUAUAGUAUCGGAUGGAAGAGGUAUUUACAGCGAAGGCGAGCAACGCGUUCGACAAUCAAUCAGAAAAAUGAAAGAAUUGGGUAUUUUUGUGGUGUUUGUUGUGAUCGACAAUCCCUUAAACAAGGACUCAAUACUCGACAUACGAGUGCCGAUCUUCAGCGGCGCCGGGAAUGUGAAGAUCGAGUCAUAUAUGGAAAGGUUUCCCUUUCAGUUCUAUAUCCUAUUGCGAGACAUAAAUGGUUUGCCAGUCGUUAUGGGAGAAGCGCUGCGACAGUGGUUUGAAUUGAUUACAAGCGGACAAACGUAAUGACAAUAUAUAUAAUAAACUUUAUUGAAGAGUCAAUAAUAGAAAGACUUAUAAUUUGAUAUUCUUUGCCAACACUUUGUUUUUUCAUAAAAUAAUUAUUUUCGACACAAAUAUUAAUAUUACUGUUAAUUGUUUCGUAAAUAAAAGGAUAAAAAUUGUUUUUCAAUAAAAG